UGAACAUGUUAAAAGAACUGUUUUACAUGAACAUGUUAAAAGAACUGUUUUACAUGAACAUAAAUGACUAGUACUUCUUUUUAUUAUAUAUUGUUAAUAUAGAUGUCAACAAAAAGAAAACAUGAGGUGCCAGAUCAACAGGAGACUAAGAGGAAACAUACUGAGAUACCAGAUCAACAGGAGCCAAAGAGGAAACAUGUGGAGGAACCAGAUCAACAGGGGCUUACGAGAAAAAAUGCAGAGGUACCAGAUCUACAGGAGCUAAAAAGGAAACACACUGAGGUACCAGGUCAACAGGAACCUGUAAGGGAAAAAGUCUUAGACCAUAUCUACGGAAAUAAAUUCUGGGGACCAUAUUUAUCAGAGAGACAGUGGUGUACUGUUAGGGAAGAAACAUUAGGAAACUGUUGGGAUAGUACAUCUUAUGAGAAGAUAACUCAUGACAGUUAUAGAUGGGGAGAGGACGGUAUAUUUGGUCUGUCUGAUGAACAACAAAAGCUUUGUAUGGGACUUAGUUUGUGGAAUGGCAAAGAUUCUGUUGUAAAAGAAAGAUUUUUUGGACUUAGAGGACCACAGGGUAACCAUGGAGAGGAUGUUAAAGAGCUAUAUUUCUACUUGGACAAUGAUCCUGACCACAGAUACAUGAAGGCCUUAUAUUUGUAUCCUCAGACAGAAUUUCCAUACACAGAACUUAUUGAGCAGAACAAGGGGAGGUCACCAGGACAACUAGAAUAUGAGAUACUGGACACUGGUGUGUUUGAUGAUGGCCAUUGGCAGAUUAUGGUUGAGUAUACUAAACCUGAAAAUGACACCAUUCUGUGUAGAUAUACAGUAACAAAUAUAAGUACUGAAGUCCAAACGCUGAACUUGUCUCCAAAGUUUUGGUUCAGACAUGAUUAUGAUGCCAAACAAAUGAGUGAUGUCCCCUGUUUUCAGGUCAAAGGUGAUGAAUCAGUUGUUUCUGUCAGUUAUCAGUUGGGUGAAUUUUGUGUAAACUUUUCAAAAUCAAGUUCAGGUCAAUCUCCAGAAAUAAAAUUGAAGAGGAACCAUUCAAAUACAAAGCCAGACUGUUGCUAUGCAGCAUACAACCUUGAAGUAAAACCUGGUGGACAUGAUCUUAUAGAAUGGGAGUUAUUACCUGUAGGAAAACCUUCUUACAUUGACAAUAGUUCAAAUGUUAUACAAGAAUGGAAGAUUAAAGCUGAAACAUUUUAUAAUUCACUGUAUGAUUGUCAAUGGUCAGACCAAGAAAAGGCUGUUGCUAAGGGAGCUUGGGCAGGACUUCUGUGGAAUAAACAGUUUUAUUAUUAUGAUAUUGAUGAGUGGUAUCACAGAGGACAAGCUAUGGAAAAGAAAGUUAAAUCAGUUAAACCUGGAAACUGGGAUGUAAUGGAAAGAAAUAUAAAAUGGAGAAAACAUUUCAAAGCUAAAGAUAUCUUAUCUGUUCCAGAUAAAUGGGAGUUCCCAUGGUUUGCUACAUGGGACACAUGUUUCCAGAUGAUAUCAUUUUGUCGUCUUGAUCCUGAAUUUGCCAAGCAUCAGUUACUAUUUCUGUUAUCAGAAAGAUACAUGUCUCCAGAAGGACAGUUACCAGGAUGUGAGUUUAAUUUUGAUGACAACAAUCCACCUAUUCAUGCAUGGACUAGUCUAAAGGUGUUCCAAAUGACUGGAGGGACUGAUCUACACUUCUUAUUCAACUGUUUCUGUAAACUUCAGAAAAACUAUAACUGGUGGAUGACAAACCUUCAGUGCAGUGAUAGGUACAUAUUCCAUGGUGGCUUUCUGGGUUUAGACAAUAUAAGUGUUGUAGACAGAGGGUGUCCACCAGAGGGAUAUACAAUUAAACAGGCUGACGCUACAGCAUGGAUGGCUUUGUUUGCUUUAAGUAUGAUACAGAUUGGAAUUGAGUUAACCAGACAUAACUUUCCUAGCCCAGGAGACAUACACAAGGAUCUGAUUAAAUACCUCAAAGAUUUUCUUCAUAUUUCCCACCAGUUAAAUAAAGAUAUAGAUAAUGGAGGAAUGUGGAAUCCAGAGAUGACAUUUUAUAAUGAUGUUUUGGUAGAUCAACUUACAGAGCAGUACAUACCAAUACAAGUUAGAUCACUUGUUGGGUUACUUCCCCUUGUAGCUUGUGGUACUGUUAACUUUAGUGGUAUUAGAUGUACAGAGGAAUUAAAACAGGUGUUACAAACAGACUCUAUACAUAUAAUGAAGAAAUCAGAAAACGACACCUAUUUUCUGACUUGUGUACCCCUUCAACGUUUGGGAAAUUUACAAGAAGUUUUGUUUGAUGAAGAGGAGUUUCUUUCUAAAUUUGGAAUAAGGUCACUUUCUAAGAUUCACAGUAAAGAUGACAUAUUAACACUUCCUGUUAGAAAGAAAACAACAGAGAAUACAGAAACUUUUGCACUUACUGCAAAUUACACCUUACAUUAUGCUCCUUGUGAGGCAGAUAGUAAAAUAAUGGGUGGAAAUAGUAACUGGAGAGGUCCUAUAUGGAUGUGUGCAAACUACAUACUACUAGAUGCCUUAGAGAAGAUCCAUUCAGGCCUUGGUAGUAGACUUACAAUCCAGCAUCCUGCUCAUCAAUCUAAAAUCAGUCUAGACCUAGCUGUCAAAGAUGUCUGUAAAAGAUUAGUGUCAAUGUUUCUACCAGAUUCCUCAGGGGCUAGACCUUUACAUGGAGAUUACAAACAGUUCACACAGGACUCCUGGAAGAAUCUAAUACUGUAUUAUGAAUAUUUUCAUGCAGAUAGUGGGCGAGGAUGUGGGGCAAGUCACCAGACAGGAUGGACAGCAUUGAUUACAGAAAUAUUAUACAAACUUUACAGUUGAAUAGAAGACAUUUUCUUCCCCUUGUAGACAACUGUAUAUAUAUACCCUGCUUCUACCAGACUGACAUGAUGAGCCUGGUUUGUAAUUUUCUAUAUUACAAAGUAACAGUCUAUAGAAAGACCAGUCAUCCUACUGCAUUCAAUAUUGUGGAACCAACCAGUUUGUUUUCCUUGUGCCUAAAUGAUCUAGUCUAGAUACUGAAUACAAAUGCUGAUUAUUUAUAAAAGGAGAUGUUUCAAUAAUUCAGCUCUUCUCCAUAAUAGAUCUCUGCUGCUAUACAUUCAGGCAUUAAUAUACCCAUCAUAGAUCAGCUGAAUAUAAGGACUCAAUUAUUCAGGUUACCAAUUUACUUAGCGACCAAAAGACAUUUGAAAUCCAAAAGUUGUCAACAAUAAACAAGAGGACAAGUAAGAAAUGACAUAAGUAAUGUCCAGGCUUCCCAUUUGGGAUAAACAUAAUACUGGAGUUCAAAUCUCUCAUAUAUUUGUUAAUUUCUGUUACUUCAUUUAAAGAAGUUGUUGGUUUUGUAAAAGAAUCAAAUUAUUGUGAAAUUUGAUGAGGGUAGUUACUGUACUAGAAAAUUACCCUUUAGCUUGUUAGUUCCUCCCUAAUCUCAUGAAAAUCAUAUAAACAUACCUAUUUUUAUGCCUCCGCUGUAGCGGUGGGGGAAUUAAGUUUUACCCUUGUCCGUCUGUGCGUACGUACGUCCCAAAAUUGGUUUCCGUUCUCUAACUUGAGUUUGCCUCAACCAAAUGUUAUGAAACUUAUACACAAUGCUUAUUACCACAAAACACAGAUCAAGUUUAAAUUUUGGUGGUGUCACUUUAACCAUUCUAGAGUUAUGCCCUUUAUAAAUGGAAAAAUUGCAGAAUUUUUAGUUUCCGUUCUCUAACUUAAAUUAGCCUCAACUAAAUGUUAUGAAACUUAUACACAAUGCUUAUUACCACAAAACACAGAUCAAGUUUGAAUUUUGGUGGCAUCACUUAAACCGUUCUAGAGUUAUGCCCCUUUAUAAAUGGUAAAAUUGCAAAAUUUUAUUUUAUUCUAAAUAUCAAGUAAUUUUAAAAUUGGAGUUAUCUUCCUUUGUCCAUGAUUAUAGUUGAAUAAACUAAGAUCAAUGCUUUAUACAAUGCAAUGUUUAAUUUUGACUUCCACUGUUAAAACAUAGAUCAAGUUGAAUUUGGGAAGUGUCACUUUAACCAUUAUUGAGUUAUGCCCCUUUAUAAAUCAAAAGAUUGCAAAAUUUUUAGUUUCCAUUCUGUUACUUAAGUUUGCCCCAACCAAACAUUAUGAAACCUAUACACAAUAUUCAUUACCACAAAAUAAAGAUCAAGUACAAAUUUUUUUUUCCGUUUUCUAACUUUAGUUUGCCUCAACCAAAUGUUAUGAAACUUAUACACAAUGCUUAUUACUACAUAAUACAGAUUAAGUACGAAAUUUGGUGGCGACACUUUUACCAUUCUUGAGUUAUGUCCCUUUAUAAACAUAAAAAAUUGCUGAAUUUUUCGUUUCUGUUCUCUAACUUUUUUUUGUCUCAACCAAAUGUUUUAAAACUUAUACACAACCGUUCUAGAGUUAUGCAUGUUUACAAAUAGAAAAAUUGCUGCAUUUUUAGGCAGUUAAGCUGCCUUAUGCUACCACCCUAGAUUUGUGUUCUUCCCGCUGAAUGGUGUAAAAAGUGCUAUUGUUAUUAUCUAGCUGGUUAAUAUGUUAUUAAUAACUAAUUGGGCACUUUUUUCAUACUUUCAAUUCUGGAAUACAAAAAAUAUGACCAGAAAAACCUUAAAUGAUCGUCGAACCACCCAAAAUUUUUGAAGUUGCACAUAAGAAAUAGUGCUCAAUAGAAAUCCGUACAUAGUUUAUUAUCCCAUGUGCUUUUGGCUAAGAUGUCAAAGAACAAUUGUAUGAAAUAUUUCAUCGCCGAAAGUCUCUAAUUACAAGUCGUUUACAUUUCCCAAAUGGCAAACAGCGCAGGAAUAUUGUUCAUGUACACCAAAUGUCUAUGAUAGAGGAAAUAAAGUUAUACAUAGUAGUCUAAGUUGGCGGUAAUUUUAACUUACCCGAAACGUAAGCUAGUAAGUAUUCUGAUGUUAUAAAGUAAGUUUUGUUUAUCAUGAUCUUUUUUUCGAUUA